GACCUAAUUCAUGGAUCAGAAAACCAUCAAACACCUUCACAGAAAAAUAUAUAUAUAAAGAAAAAGUAAUGAAGUUGCAAGUUCUCAUUCUUUUGUCCCUAACUUUGUUGCUAGGAAUCUCAGCAGAGCAAUGUGGGAGCCAAGCCGGUGGCGCCGUGUGUCCAAAUGGGUUGUGCUGUAGCCAGUAUGGGUGGUGCGGCACCACAUCUGAUUACUGCGCCACUGGUUGCCAAAGCCAAUGUGGCUCAACCCCUAAUCCUACUCCAACCCCUAAUCCUACUCCAACCCCAACCCCAAGUGGUGGUGGUGGUGGUGAUAUCAGCAGCCUCAUUAGCUCGUCGGUUUUCGACCAAAUGCUGAAGUAUCGAAAUGAUCCACGCUGCCAGAGUAAUGGGUUUUACACAUAUGAUGCUUUCGUUGCAGCUGCUCGGUCUUUUAAUGGGUUUGGCACAACUGGAGAUGAUGCUACUCGCAAAAGAGAGCUUGCGGCUUUCUUGGGACAAACCUCUCAUGAGACUACUGGAGGAUGGGAAAGUGCACCAGAUGGUCCAUAUGCAUGGGGAUAUUGCUUUGUCAAUGAAAUAAACCAAGAUGUGUAUUGUUCUUCCAACCAAUAUCCAUGCGCUGCUGGCAAGAAAUAUUACGGCAGAGGACCCAUCCAACUCACCCACAACUACAACUAUGGUCAAGCGGGUCCAGCAAUCGGAAAGGAUUUGAUAAACAACCCAGAUCUAGUGGCCACAGACCCGGUUGUGUCAUUCAGGACAGCUAUAUGGUUUUGGAUGACUCCACAGAGCAACAAGCCAUCAAGCCAUGAUGUCAUCACUGGUACGUGGAGCCCAUCUAGUGCAGACACAUCAGCGGGUAGAGUUCCCGGGUAUGGAGUGAUCACCAACAUCAUCAAUGGAGGGCUUGAAUGUGGCAAGGGUCAGGAUGCUAAGGUUGCUAGUCGGAUCGGGUUCUACAGAAGGUACUGUGAGAUUUUGGGAGUGAGUCCGGGGGACAACUUGGAUUGUUACAAUCAAAGGCCUUUUGCCUAAGAAAAUGACUAUAAUCCCAUGUACCAAAUAAAAUGCAAUAAUAAUCCUAUGUAAUAGGAAAUUUCUUGUUUCUA